GUUCUCUGUUCUUGAUGCUGCAUCUGAUAGGGAACCAAAAGUGAGGGGUCAGGAGUGAGCAGAUGCUUUUACAAGCAAUGCUUUACAAUAUUAAAGGAAAUUUGGAUAAAGUGCAACAUGAACUACAGAAGGCAAAAUUAAUGCUUAAUGAAACAUUUACGACUUUGCCACUUGAACCUGCACUUUCAACAGUUCCUUUGGAUUACAAAAAUAACACCAUUCCGUUAAAGAGGUUCUAUUGGCUACUUGUUGUGCCUUUGAAGGGGUAUGGUUCUCAUCACAUCACUGAAGAAAAUCUAGGUGGCAAAAUAAUAUCAUGUUUUGUUCUUCUUUAUGCCUUUGAAACUGCAAGAGAUGUUGGAGCCCUUAGAGAACCUAAGGACAAACUAAAGAAGUGA